AACCAAAAAGAGAGAUUUUGAUUUCAGCAGGUAAGGCUGAUCGAUGUGUGGAAUUUCAGUGCCAUCUUCUUUAUCAUGGUCCUGGCACACCCUGCUGGAACCUAGCCACUGCCCCGUUGGUGGAAAUGGCCCAGUACCUGAGUGAUGACAAGGAUGAAGGAGAUAAGAGGAACGUGCUUGGUGUUGAGUUGACAUGUGGUGUCUGUAUGGGAUUCUACCAGGAGCCAGUGCGUCUGCCCUGUGAGCACAGCUUCUGCAAAGUCUGCAUUGACCAGGUCUUUGAGAAUGUGGAGCCAGAAUCAGAUUACCGCUGCCCCAUCUGCAGGCAGUCCUACCAGAGCAAGCCAAAGAUGACCAAGCACCUAGUCCUGGUCAGGCUGGUGGAGGCCUACAACAAGAUGAUGCACAGGAAAGAGUGUCCCACCUCCUUGGAGGAGGUGGAAGAUUCCCACACUGCUGUCGAAAGCAGCCUGGGAGGGAGAACCUGCCGGAUUCACUCUGGGGAAGAGUUGACUCAUUUGUGCUUCAAGGAAUGGGUGCUGCUAUGCCCCUUGUGUGUAUCGAGUGAUCACCAUGUGAACCACACUGUCACCCCAUUGGUUCAGAUCACCGAAGACUGGAAGAAAAUGCUGCCAAAUAUUGUUGAAAGUCUGGAUGAAAACCACGCAAAGUUGUCUGUCCAGGUCAUGCAGUACGCGGAGCUGGAGGAGAAGGCAAAGGUGGAGAUUGCUGAUGCCAAGGACAGGGCAGAAGGUCAGAUUGACCGCCUGAUCGAGUUCCUGCAGAACGAGAAGGAGCGGUUAAUGAUUGACAUGCAACACGUUGGGAAUGACCACCUCGAUUCCAUCCACGGCCUCCAGGCACAGGCCACGCACAGGCUGGAACACUGCGAGGAUACCAUCCAAUCGUUACGGGAGGCAUCCAGGCUUCGGGACAACUUCGAGUUUGUCAGAGGUAUGAUGGAGUUCAUGCAGAGGCUGGAAACACUGAUCAUUUCCCCAGAUAAUGGGAUUGUUCAACCCAUCCUAAAUUUUGAUGGGAUCCCUUUACCUUCAGUCCUUCAAACAUGGAAAAAUGAGGACCUGGAGGAAGAAGGGGAGGAGGAGGAGGAGGAGGAGGAUGACAAUGAAGAUGAAUUGUCUGUCAAUGACGAUGAUGAAAAUGAGGAUUUUUGAAAAUUCAAUCUUUGCAUUAUUCUGGUUUGGUUUAAGUUUGGUUUAAGUUUAAUAGAGGAAGUUCAUUAGAAUUUGAAACAGGCCAUUUGUGCUCAAGGAAUUGUUGGUAAUGUGAGAGAAACAUUGACUAUGAGAGGGAAUUUAGGAAUUAGUGGAGGGAAUAAUAGACUGAUGAGUUUAAGAACAUGCAUGUCACACAGUGGCAGCCAAUGAUCAUCUAUAACAAGAGAGAGUCUAAACAUAUGCCCGUGACACACAACAGCAUUACCAUCAAUGAAUCCUCCACUAGCAAUGUCCUGAGAGCGACCAUUGAGCAGAAACUGAACUGGACUCAUCGUGGAUGGCACAAUGGUCAGCACUGCUGUCUCACACUGCCAGAGACCCAGGUUCAAUUCCCGCCUCAGGCAACUGUCUGCGUGGAGUUUGCACAUUCUCCCCGUGUCUGCGUGGGUUUCCUCCAGGUGCUUUGGUUUCCUCCCACAGUCCAAGAAAGUGCAUUUUUGGUAAAUUGCCCGUAGUGUUAGGUGAAGGGGUAAAUGUAGGGGAAUGUGUUUGGGUGGGUUACUCUUCGGAGGGUCGGUGUGGACUUGUUGGGCCAAGAGGUCUGUUUCCACUCUGUAAGUAAUCUAAUCUAAUAUAACUGUGUGGUGUUAGGCAGCCAGUUUCAAAACAGUUUCUACCCUACUGUUGCUAGAAUACUGAAAGGACUCACAAACUCUUAAAUUUACCUGUACCUGUGCUUUUGUUUCUGCCGCUGUUUACCUAUUAUUUACUUACCUAUGCUACUUAACUCUGUGAUCUGCCUGUAUUGCUCACAAGACAAAGCGUUCCUUGGUACAUGUGACAAAAAAUUCAAAUUUAAAAUUCAAUUCAAUAUAAAUGCAAUGGCUAUAAAACAUGUCAGGCCCUGGGAGUCCUACAGCAAGUAAUUUGCCUCCUGUUCACCAUCAACAAGGGGACAAGUCAGGCGUGUCAUAGUGUCAUACAGUAUGGAAACAGACCCUUUGUCCGUGCUAACCAGAUAUCCUGAACUCAUCCAGUCCCAUUUCUGAUGGAAUACUUCCCAUUUGCCUGGAUGAGUGUGACUCCAACAUUCAAGCUCAAUACGAUUUAAAGAUAAGUCCUUUUGAUCAGCACCACAUUCAUUAACCUAAACGAUCACCCUCCAACACCAGCACACAGUGGCAGCAGUCUCUACCAAACUAUAAAAUUCGCUGCAGCCAUUCACCCAAGAUCCUCAGGCAGCACCUUCCAAACCCACAACACUUCCAUCUGGAAGGACAAGGGCAGCAGAUACAUGGGAACACCAUCCCCCUGCAAUUUCCCCUCUGAGCCACUCUCCAUCCUGAUUUGGAAAGUUAUCGCCUUUCUUUCAGAGGUUUUGGGUUUAACUCCUGGAAUCCCAUCUCUCAGGGCACUGUGGAUCUACCCAUAGCAUGUAGACUGCAACACUUCAAGGGCAGCUAAGAAGAAACAAGAAAUACUGACCUUGCUAGUAAUCCUCAUGUUCCGUGAAGGAAAAUAUGGAAAAAGGUGGUGAUGGUAGCUCAAUGGUUAGCACAGCUACCUCAUGGCACCAGGGACCUGGGUUUGAUUCCAGCUUGAGUGGGUUUGCUUUGGGUUCUACAGUUUCCUCCCACAGUCUGAAGAUGUGCAAGUUAGGGUGGAUUGGCCAUGUUAAGCUGGCCAUAGUGACCAGGGAUGUGCAGGUUAGGUGGAUAAGCCAUGGGAAAUACAGGGUUACAGGGAUAAAGUGGGAGGCUGGUUCAGGGUGGGAUGCUCUUCAGAGGGUGAAUUUGAUGGGCCAAACAGCCUGCUUUCUCACUGCAGAGGUUCUAUAUUUCUAUGAUUUUUAGUGACUUGGAUUUUGUUGAUGGGGAAAGCUGGUGGAGAGAGGAGGUAGAGAGGUGGGGCACUGAGCCUUCUGGUAUCCUGUGUUUCACUGGCAGGUUCCAAAUACCUGAUGACUCACUGCCAGUCUUUAAAUUGUUUGUGAUUGCAUUGUGUGAAUUAUUUCCAAAAUCAACUGAAUUUAUAGGACAACAAUGCAGAGUAGGAUUCGCUCAACUACGGGUGGUUUAUGAAAGACCUCGAAGACACUGUGGUUUCUACAUGGAAUAACAGGUGUUCCAAACAGGAUGGAAAUGGGAUAUAAUGUCAUUGUGAAUCUGAUGUGGAAAUAUUUUGUUUUUAUCUAAUUGAAAAUGACCUUAUUGGUUGUAUAUUGUAUCCUAUCACGGCUCUACCUCCUCCCAGAGACUAUUCAUCCUCCAACAUAUCAAGGUGUCCACCCUACCCAUUUUGGUUCAUCACAACAAGUUUGUGCAGCAUAGGGCUUUAGGGCAUAUACAUGCACCAUUAGACCAAACCAAUCCAUGCUGGUAUUCAUGCUUGCCUCCUUUCUUAUUUAAAUCUCCCACCCUGACAAUCUAUUCUCAUCUCCCUCACUGUUUCUCUCACCUGUCCUUAAGUGUUUCAAGGCUAUUCACUUCAACCACUCCCUCAGGUAGCAUGUUCCACAUUCUCCCAGUCUCCAUCACAGAACCAUUCAGUCCAUUGUGUUUGCACCAGAGAGCAUCGUUACCUACUGCCAAUCUCGUGAUAUUUUCUCAUGUCGUUGUCCUUUAUUUCUAUCUAUAUAAUCAUCCCAUGCUGUCCCAGGCAGCGUGUUCUAUACUGCAACUACGAGCUCUGUGAGAAAGCUUUUCCUCAUUUCACAUUUGCUUCUUUUGCAAAUCGCUUUAACUCUAGGUCCUCUGCUUUUUUAUCCUUUUCUAAGCACAGUUACCUUCCACCCUCACCUACUCUAUCCAACCCCUUCAUUAUUUUGAAAACUUCUAUCAAGUCUCCCCUCAGCCAUCUCACAGGGAAAGCAGUCUCAGCUUCUUUGAUCUAUCUUCAUAACUGAAGUUCUCAUUCCUGGAUCCAUUCUUGUAAACUGUUUCUGCGUUGUCUCUGAUGUGUUCACAUCCUUCCCACAAUAAGGCAUUUACAACUUUACACAAUAUUCCAACUGAGUCUAACAAAUGUCUUGUAUAAAUUUAACCUCAUAUCUCUGCUCUUGUACAUUGAAUGCUUUAACGUAUUUCUCAACCUGUCCUCCCACCUUCAAUGAUCUGGGUAAAUAUAAGUCCAGGUCCCCCUGCUCCUGCACCCCCUUCAGAAUUGCACCCCUGAUUUUAUAUUGUCUUCCAAUAUUCUUCCAAUCAAGUGCAUCACCUCAUACUUCUCUGCAUCAAACCUCAUCUGUCACCUCUACAAACAUGUCAAUGUCCAUCUGGAGUUUCACACUGGAAUCUUCAGAGCUCACAAUUCAUCCAAGUUUAGUGCCAUCUGCAAACUUUGAACGUAUCACUUCGCAUCAAACUCCAGAUCAUUAAAAUGUAGCAGGAAAAGCAAGUGCCCUAAUAUUGACCCCUGGGGAUCUUCACUGCAAACCUUUCUCCAGCCUAAAGAACAUUCAUGAACCAUCAGUUUGAGAAUUUUAGGUUUUGAUUUUCAGUUAGGAGCUCAUUCUUUAUUCUCUCCCCCUCACAGAGGUUAACUGGCAAUCAGAAUUUUGAAAAAUCUGAUAAAUGUCCAGCAAUUGAUCAAUCUUAAAAUAACAUUUUUAUGGUAGUUAAUGGAAGCAUUGAAAUGAACUC